ACAACCAUCAAUGCAUUUAGAAUAGGUACCUAGCUAUUUGCUAAUAGCUAGUCACAAGUGUUUUUAGCAUUUAAAAUUAAUAUACCUAUACUAGCCUAUAGCUAGGUAUGUACCUAACUGAUUUGAGAAUGUGCCUUCAGUAUGAUUAGCUAGAAACAAAGUAAAAUUGAUUAGGGUACCUCAUUGUAAAUAUGUGUGGCCCUAGUUUAUACCUUCAACCCAAUGAAGUUACGUACUGGUAGGUAGACCUCCUACUUACUGACAAGUAUUGUCAAGACCCAACAGGAACAGAAUAUUACUAAAUAACCUACAGUUGCCUAUAUUGCAGAAAUAAAAAUGAGGAACUUACAAGAAACCCGUCACUGUAGGUAUCGUUGGGCAGCACUAGAAUAGGGCAAAUGCAAUAUGUAAUGUUGGUAAUUCUAAAGAAGAGCUCUGCUAUGAGACCAUUUUUUAACUAAGUACAGGUGAGAUAACUUGAGAAAUUUACCAAAGUAAUUGCGAUAUUAACUGCGUUUUGUUAUGUUUUUUUACGUUACUCCCCAAGGGGCCUGUGCCAAACAUGGCAUCUCAUGGAGCUUCUCUGCACAAAAGCAUAAACAAAGGACAGUAAAUUCUCACACUUUUUUCGUUAAAUUGUCAAGUUUUCUCACCUGUAUUGCAUCAUAGACACCCGUUUCUAUAUUUAGUAAAAGAAAUUCAAUAAUAAACAAUAUGUCUAUGCAGGGCUCUUCCUUAGAAGCAUGUAUACAGUAUUAAAGGAAUGCCAUUUGUAAUAUCAGUAACUUCAUUUCUUGGAAAUAGAAUGUAGUUUAAUUAAUGAAAAAUGUAAACACACAGCACAUAUGAAGCCCACUCGUGUACACAUACAAUAAUGACAAGACAGAAAAGGAAGCCAGGAAAAGACUUCAAAUAGAAUCUCAACAUGCCGUCCGUAAACCCUACUGGGACUAACAAGCCCGGCACCACCUUCCAGUUCGUCAACUGCAGACUCGUCAGGGACGGGAAGAUCAUCAAGGAUGACCUCUGGGUUCGAGAUGGGAAGAUCAUCAAUCCGGAGCCCGUUUUCUUCGACGAGAAAAUCAGAGCCGAUGUCGUCAUCGACUGCAGUGAUGCCCUGGUCUGCCCGGGGUUCAUUGAUGUCCAGAUUAACGGUGGUUUCGGUUACGACUUUUCCUCGGACAUUGACAACCUGGAGGAGGCCAUAUCGGUGGUUGCCAAGGGGAUCCUGUCGACGGGUGUCACUUCAUUUUGUCCAACCAUCGUUACCUCACCCACAUCAGUCUAUCACCAGGCUCUCCCUCGCAUCGAAAGAACUGCAGGAGGCCAUGAAGGUGCAAGCAUUUUGGGACUUCACCUGGAAGGGCCUUUCAUCAGCCCUGAGAAGAAGGGAGCCCACCCACUCCAGUUCAUACGGGGAAUAGAGAAUGGAAUGCAGACAGUUGAGGAGGUUUAUGGAAGGCUUGACAAUGUAGCCAUGGUUACUAUUGCCCCUGAGCUGCCUGGGGUCUUCGACGUCAUAGAGGGUCUUGUUAGUCGAGGCAUUGUCGUGUCUGUAGGUCAUUCUACUGGAAAUCUGGACACUGGAGAAGCAGCUGUGAACUGUGGAGCCUCUUUCAUCACCCACUUAUUCAAUGCAAUGUUACCAUUUCACCAUCGAGACCCAGGCCUUGUUGGUCUUCUCACUAGCCGUCUUAUUAAACGUCCUGUUCACUAUGGAAUUAUUGCCGAUGGAAUGCACACCCACCCAGCUGCCCUCAGAAUUGCUCAUCGUACACAUCCGAAAGGUUUAGUUCUUGUCACUGAUGCAAUGGCUGCAAUGGGCCUGGGUGAAGGCGAGCACACCCUCGGUCAGUUUCAGGUCACAGUUCGAGGGAAAAGAGCCCUCUUACAAGGUACUGAAACCUUAGCUGGUUCCAUUGUGACGAUGGAUGAUUGUGUUCGUCAUUUUAUUCUUGAUGCAGGAGUGAGCAUAGUUGAAGGCAUCGAAGCAGCCACUUUACAUCCAGCACUGGCCAUGGGAAUUGAACACUUAAAAGGCACCCUGGACUUCAACACCGAUGCUGACUUUUUACUCGUAUGCGACAAGGGCCCUUUAAAGGUCCUUCAUACGUUCAUUGCCGGGGACUGUGUGUUUUCUGCACCAGACGCUCAUGCAAUUAAGCCAAUUUAUCGUAAUUCAGCUAAGAUGUCAUAAUAGUAAAAGAGAUUUAUGUACAUACUUUUUUCUACUUUUAUGGCAAUUUACAUAUCUGGAUUGUUUUGUUUGCUCUUGUAAAGGGCACACAUUUGUGAUGUACAAAUGGUAAAACCAUAUUUUGAGUGAGAAUGUAUUGAAGGAUCUCAUCUGUUAGUGAUCUGUGGUGGGUUAUAUUUGCACCAACUGCAAUGAAAUAGGUUAGAGUGAGCAUUUAUCAGCACCUGUUUUUUAUGCAUAGAAUGUUUACCAUUAUUUUUAGAGAGAGUAUAUUAACCCAUAGAUUUUUCAAACUUCAUCACGAUGAAUUCAUAGUAGAAAGUACAUACCAUGUUUUAGUAAUUAGUUUAUGAAGGUGAGUUGAAAACUCGAUAAAGAAGGAUUUUUGGUUUUUUGUACAAAAGACAUUUUGUAUACAGUUAUGUAGCUGUGAAAAGACAUUUUUUCAAGGGUUUUGGAAGUUAUUUUAUAAUCUUAUUAUUUCAAUGGACCAAAUAAAGUACAGCAGGAGUCUCCAAACAGUAAAUAAAGAAGAUGAAAUAAUGUAAUCUUGGCAAUCUGUUUAUAGUAUAUGGAUUCUUGCAGGUACAUACAGUGUCUUAUAUUCAGUGAUGUUGCACCUGUAUUUUUAUAAACGACUAUGUAAAAGGAAUUUACUAUACUUACAGUAAAUAAUGUUAGGUACAGCAUAAUAUGCACCCUCUUAAGGCCAAUUAUCAAUACUCAGUUGACAUUUUACUUAAUUUUAAUGGAAUGUAAAGGAAAAAUUACAGUACUGUAGGUAUCCAUCUGAUAUGUAUUCUCUUUAUCAUAAUUGUAUAUCAGAUGUAGUACUGAAUACUUUAGUUUGGUUCUUCAGAGGUAGGAAUUCAGUUUUAAACUAUGUACUGGUAUGUUAUAGAAUAGUUUGGUUCCUGUAUAGAGAAGAAAAAAAACUUUGCAUGCACAAAAAGUAGUUUAUGGUCUACAUUCUAGAAAUAUCUUUAAAUUCGGGAGUAUAUACAGUACAAACAGUACAGCACUUUAUGGUUCAUUGUUACAUGUAUAGUAAAGCCUUAUGAAGGAUCUAUAUUCUGGAAUUUUUUUAUAAGUGUGUUGGAGUACAACAUGAAAUUGUGGUAUUCUUAUGAAUGGCUUGCAAGUGUAUGCAAAUAUUUCUCCCUUAAGUAAAAAUGCUUAGGUAAUGGCAAAAUUUUAUAUGAAGUUAGAAUUGAAAACAACAGGCAUUUAUGUGUCAGAAUGGUCUUCCAUGUUGUUAGCCUCUGCAGGAAGCCAUUUUGAAGUGCAGGAAAUAUCCAUCAUUGUUUUUACAUCAUUAUCAAACUGCUCACAACUUUUAUAUUCAAAGAAACUAGUACAGGUACAGAUAUUUUGGGAAUAAUGAUCUUUCUUUUUAUAGUAAUUAUAAGGAAAUUUUCUACAGCUCAUUCUGUCCAUGAAAUGUUUUGCAGAAAAGGUAGGAUAUUGUUAUUCAUUUUCCACAGGUAAUAUGCUCUUGGAGAACAUUUAUAGAAAUUCUCUGGACACAUUCUUAAAUACACACAUAAAUUUCUGGUGCUUGUAUAAAGAAGUGGAAGAUAUUAUAUAGAAGUUUGUUUAUAGACUAUAAAGUGUUAAUGUUACAUGGCAUGUUUGUAAAUUAUUUAGCGCUAGAAAGUCAAUCCUGUUAGGAAGUUAUUUAUGUACAUAACCUAUUGUGUCUUCUUAAUUGGCUGUGAUAAAGUAUGAUUAGAAACUUUUAUUUAAAACAGCAAAGGUAAAUUGAAAUACAGAAAUAGCAAAAAUUUACAGUUGUCGAUGUAACGGUAGUUUUGCUGGGUACGUUAACUAUUAAUGUUAAUGCAUAUGGGUGAUUUUUCUAUUUUGUAUCUUCAUUUCCCUAACUAAUAAUGUUGAUAAGUUCAUCACAUACUUGUAAUAAUAAAACCAUCAUUGAUCAAGUUUGUUAUGCAUUUAUAAAGAAAAUCAGCAAAUGCUGUAGUUGCUUAGUUAAUUUUCUUAACUACAAAGGGCAGUACCCUUUAAGGCGGUAAAUUUUAGUAGGAUUUAGAUUUUCACUGUAGUUGUAAUACUUCCUGGAAGAGGAAAGUUUUACAUGCCAUUUAUAAAACUCGAUGCAUUUUUGGACUUUGAUAUUUCUGAGAAAACAACGUAACUUGUGAUAUUGCAAAACUGACUAGUCAUUGAAAAUCAAUUUGAUAUUACAUUAGAAUAAAGUAAAUCUGAGAUUAAAGAACCUAGAAAUAAAACAUGUACCUGCAUGGCCACAAUAAAAUGGCUGAAUUCAUCCAAAUUAGAAUUUUAACCUUCUCUUAAAGAGUGGCAAGGUUACUAUGGGUUUAUACAUAUAAUUAAUUUGCCAAAGUUUAGUGAAGAUGUAGAGUUGCCAUGUAAUGACACAAAAUUAGGAAAUAGUAUAUUUUGUCUGUCGGUUACUGUUGUAUGAAUUUUUUGGAUGGUGGUUGUUGCUGUUGUGAAUGUAGUAAGACUACUGUGAUGUACUGAAAAGUAUUUUUAAUUUGUCAUUAUUUUUGGACAAAGCACUGACUGAAAUACGUAUUGCUAAAGGAAUAAAGGAUUACCAGGAUAA